AUGGAAGACGAGCCGACCCCAAACAACUAUGGGGACACCACAGUGCUACCCUUUCCCACAACAGAAAGGAGGAAGAAUAAGGACAGAAAUGAACAGUUACUCCGCUUCGUGGAAAAGGUCGAAAAGACGCACGUCAGUGUACCGUUGUUGGAUGUCUUGCAUAUUCCGUCCUACUCCAAGUUCAUCAAGGACAUCAUCAACAAGAAGCGACCAUUGUCAUCCACUGAAGUUGUCAAGCUGAUAGAAGAAUGUAGCAUAGCUAUACUCAAUGAGCUGCCCGAGAAGAAGCAGGAUCCUGGGUGCCCCACAAUCUAUUGCUCAAUUGGGGCCCAGCAAUUCCACCACGCCCUAUGUGAUUUGGGGGCGAGUGUGAGCGUCAUGCGGAAAUCAGUCUUUUGCAGGCUGAACUUCACCAACUUGGAGCCAACCACCAUGACACUCCAGUUGGCAGACUCGUCAGUCCGGUACCCGGCAGGGAUUGCUCAAGACAUCCCUCUCAAGAUCAGAGGAUACUAUGUUCCAGUGGAUUUUGUGGUGCUCAACAUGGAGCUAACUAAAGAAACACCACUAAUCCUGAAAGACCAUUCUUGA